CGGUUUGGCUUAGAGGAUGGAAAACAGUUCAGUGGUCGAACUCUGUUUAAAAUAUUUUCUAGAUUGAUAUUGUAUUGACCCGAAUAAUAAUUUGUUAUUUACGGUAUCAAAUAUUAACGAUGUCAAUUACAACGUUGUAUUAUUUACAAUUGAAAAAGGAGAACGCUCACGAAGAUGCGAUUUGGUGCUGUGGUUGGAGUAAAAUAAAUAAAGAAACGCCAAAUGAUGUGGAAAAUACAGAAGAUAAUGAAGAAAAUAUGCAAGAAUCAAAUAAUACAGAAGAGAGCUCAGAGAACUACAUAAUCACUGGAGGUUUAGAUGAUUUGAUAAAAGUGUGGCAACUGGAUAAUGGUCGACUAGAAAUGAAACACCAAUUGGAAGGGCACUCUCUUGGUGUUAUUUCUGUUGCUGUCAGCCCUGAUGGCAAAACUUUAGCCAGCAGUUCACAAGACUCUUCAUUGAUCAUUUGGGACAUAGCAACGGGGGAUAAAUUAAAAACAAUGGAAACUGGGGCCACGGAUGUAUGGACACUAGACUUUUCCCCUGAUGGUAAACAUGUGAUCUCUGGCAGCAAUGCGGGCAAAAUACUGAUAUUUUCAGUUGAGACUGGUAAACAGGAACAGACUUUGGACACUAGAGGGAAAUUCACUUUGAGUGUUGCUUACAGUCCAGAUGGCAAAUACAUAGCAAGUGGAGCUCUUGACGGGAUUAUCAACAUUUUCGACGUAGCUCAAGGCAAGCUGGUUCACACAUUAGAAGGUCAUGCUAUGCCAAUACGCAGUCUCUGCUUUUCGCCAGACUCGCAGUUGUUGCUUACCGCAUCUGAUGAUGGACAUAUGAAGCUUUAUGAUGUUGUUCAUGCAAACUUAGCGGGUACUCUUUCUGGUCACGCGUCCUGGGUGCUUUCUGUGGCAUUUUCUCCCGACGGUAAAAGAUUUGUAUCUAGCAGUGCGGAUCGCACUGUACGUGUUUGGGAUCUGGAUGGAAUGCAGUGUCAAAAUGUGUUUAAAGAACACAAUGAUCAGGUUUGGGGCGUCAAAUUCAAUGCUGAAAGUAAUAAAAUUGUAUCAGUUUCAGAAGACAAGAGUAUAAACGUCUAUGACUGCCCAUUAUAACUUACGUAGUUGCAACUAAGUACACACCUAUGUAU